AUGAUAAGAGAAGCUGACGCCCGAAAGCAGAAGCUCCAUGACAUUCUGCAAAUUGUUGAUGUUGGCAUUCUGCAACUGUGGGCCCGAGGAAAUCCUUGUCAGAUUGUCGUAGUCUUAGAAGGUCUUGAGCUAUGGCCUUUCACUAUAGAUGUCUUGACGGUUUUAGCGUCUAUUCCUUCCUUCCGAAACGCUGCCUUGCAGCAGAAGCCAAUGCUUUUCGAGACCCUUUCCACCAACGCCAUAGACUCGAACUCAGGCUUCGAUAAGUAUGCGGCCACCUGCGUUGCUUUGCUCUCUACAUCGUCAGAACUCCCAAUUCCCUCGAAGGUUCCUGUCUUUCUCAUGAAAUGCCUGGAGAAGGCCACCCAAUCGCUUUCCCCUGAGACUAUCAGACCAGUCUACCUGCUACUAUCAGGGCUAGAAUCCAGCUAUCUGGAUAUCUUGCCUUGCGAUGUUCUCUCCAGCUUUCAAAGUCAAAUGGUUGAGGUGCUGACCAAUCUUGACUCGGACAAUCAUCUGGCCAGUCUACUAUGUUUGGCCAUUUUGGCAAAAAUCGCUUCCAGGUCAAGUGGCAUGGAGAAGUGUCAGCCGAGUAUCCAAUCCUCGCCGAGCGGCGAAGUUCGACCCGAAUCUGCAGAUAGAUUUCUUCCCGCUCGAAAGUUCUUCUCAUCGAGACGAGCCCCGAAAACGCUUGACUUGGUAGUCCUCAAAGCCAUCACAGCAUUCUCUCGACACUGCCCAUUGAGUACACAAGAGAUUGUCGAAAGUUUGAAGCUUUCAAGAGAGAUUGUGGAUGCUUUUGACAAGAAAGAGAAAAGCUCCUGGCUAGCUGCCAACACCAGGAAAACCAAGAAGUUGUAUGAGAAGAUCCUUACGUCUGGGGUCGAAGCGAGAGUGCAAUGCGAGGCACUGAACUUCCUUGUUGUUCUGUCUGCUGGGGAAUCGUUGCCUCCGGAAGUCAUUCCGAAUCUCAAAAAACACCUUCUCACAUCCGAAACGGACAAUCUAUCUGCCAGUGCGAUCGGACAGUGCAUCGUCUUACUCGAAGACGCCUCUAUACGUGAACUUCUGGAGUCGCUAUUGGUGUUGGCGUGUGAUAAGUGGCAUCCAUGCAGGGAGUCAUUGACGAAAAUUGACAAUGCCUUACGGUUGAUCUCUGUCUUUACGGAAAGCAUUUCCACGUCAUCGAAGCUACUCAAAGCAGUCUUGCAGUCCAUUUCGAGCAACGCGGUCUCGGACAUGGUCCUUCAAUACGCCUCUCAAGUGCAAGGAACCAUGCGCUUGGGAUUCGUUCAUGGCCACAGUACCAUAGACGUCUGCCCGAUAUCUUACAGUGAAGCCCAAGCACGACUCCACCAAAGUCUUGCGGUUAUGCUUCUGAAAUCUGCACUUUACGCUUCAAAAUGUGGAGGUAAUUUCGAUGCAUCCAUUAUGGAGUUGCUGCUUGAGAAACAGUUCUUUCAUUCUUCUACUCAGCCCGCCUCUGUGGAGUGUAAUCAACGCAGAUCGAUGAACCUCACAACGCCCAAGAUAUCCUUGUUCGAGGCUGUCAGUACGCCGCGUGUGGACUCCGUUAGCCUUAAUUGGAGAGACGGCCUUAUACGAGAAAUGUCAAGAGACGUAGAUUGUCGUUAUGAGGGUGUUAUCAGAAUGGUCGGUGAGAUCUGUAGGGACCUUGAGCUUCGGUGUAACGAAAGUGAGCGUCCUCUUCGGGAGGAACAAUCAAAUUCUCGUGACCUUCAAGCAAGGCUGGAAAGCUCGGAGCAAAAGAACGCUGGAUUGGAAUUUCAGGCACGAAACCGCCAAUCAACCCUCAGCGCCCUAGAGACUGAAAGAGAUUGUCUCGCCAAUCAGGUUGAGGCGACCGAGAGACGAUUGAAAGAUUUAGGGACAAGUCUCGACAAUAUCCAUCAGGAGUUCGACCAUGCCAAGAUCGAAGCUGAACGGGCAGCACAAGCUGCCAUCGAAAGCGCUAGGCAACAAGACCUCGCGUGCCUAGCUACGAUGACGGGAAAAGAUGAGGUUUUUGAGGAGCAAUGCUUGAAGCUUGCCAGCACUGAGAAUCAUGUCAAUUCCCUUGAAUAUGAAAUAAACCGUAUGAGAGAGCUGGAUGCCAAGAAUGCCGAGAAGUUGAACAACAGGGAGACACACAUCGAAACAUUGAACAAUGCUAUUUCCGCCUCGGAACGCCGUGUCCAGGAUCUUCAACAUGAAUUGAAUCAAACAAAAGAACAAGAUGCCCGCAAUACCGCGAAGAUCAGCAACAACGAGGCCCUCAUUGAAGAGCUGAAUAGUACUAUUGUUGCGGUGAACGAAGCAUCUGACCGGAACGAGUCACUGAUCUCAGCCUUGCAGGUUCAACUUCGUAACGUGGAAGUUGACACAUCCGAACUGCGAUUGCAGCACGAGACGUACGUAUCUGCCAAAGACGCAGAAUUUGAGCGCUUAGACGAGUCUAAUCGAUCUUCGAAUGACAAAUGGCAAAGCGAGCUUGAGGUGGCGCACAGGAGGGCUGCAGCAGCCAGCGAGCAGAAUGCGGCGACGAUCGCUGGCCUACAGAGCAAGGUUAGCAAACUUCGCAAAGAGCGCGAGGAGCGGGCUAGAGAGUUUGCAGAAGCUCAGGAGCUAAGCGGUCGCCUUAUGUCCCUUAUGGGAACCACCAAGCGCCAAACAUCAUCUCAUGGGGCAGAGUUGAGGACUCUAGGGCAUGACGAGCGUGAUCUACCCUCGUCUGGUGCGAAUAGUCCAGAUCUGACAGCCGCCGAAUCACUGCAUUCACCCAACUCCAGCGCUUCCAGCAGAGCACCUAAGCGCAUCAAGAGACACCAGGACUCUAGGACUCCGACAACCCGUGCAACGAAAAGUUCGAAGUCUAUUAUUACAUCGAAAGAGCACCAGCGCAGCGUUAUGAGAGUUGGUAGAGUCCCACUGGGUGACCUCGGAUCAACGCAGAGUCCGGGUCUUUUAGCAUUAAAAAAUCCAAAAUCUCGAGAACAUUAUACCCCAAAAACCGACGGCGCUGGGGAAAUACCCACAGAAAAUGACCAAGUAUCUCCGGAUCUUGACUCUGAGGAAGAGUCCUUUGGCGGAGGGGACAUUUUCACAAGCACCGAACAAGAACAGAUUCCUGCGCUGCGCAGCAAACUGCCGAGACACGAAUACGAUGAGACGACCACGGAGUUCUGA